CAGCACACCUGAACUAUGAAAUCAGCAGGCAUGGCGGUUCACAAACCCACAGCACAGGCUACAACACCUAUAAUGUCUUCCAUGACAGUUGUUUUGGUAGGAAAAACCGGCUACGGCAAAAGCCGGACUGGCAACUCUAUCUUAGGCCGUGAAGCUUUUGAGUUGUCCACAGCAAGUUCCGCGGGUACUAAAUUCAACUGCUGUCAUUCUUCUAAGGCAAAGGACGGCUCUCUGAUCAACGUCAUCGACACGCCGGGGUUUUUCGAUCCUCGGUUGAAGGAUGAAACCGAGGAAGUGAGUGCCAGGAAAAACAUGAGACAGGUUAUGGACGCAUGCGCAGACGACGGAAUCGACGCUUUUAUAUUAGUGUUGAGCUGCGACUCCAGGUACAGCAAGGAGGACUGCCAGACCCCGGAGUUGUUGGUGAAAACUUUCGGGAAUGAUUUUUUUGAAAAACAUUGCAUUCUCGUGAUGACUAGGUGGGAUCAAGUCUCAAGCGACUAUCAGUCAUUUGAUAACUGGAUUGACAUGCAGAACGAUUCUUUAAAAGGGCUGUUCAAAAGAUGCAAUGAUCGAUACAUCUUUUUUGAUAACCUUUCAACAGAAGGGAAAGAGAAAAGCAGGGAUAUUUUGUUUGAUAAAGUAAGACAGUUGAAAAAAGAGUUCCCAAAAUAUACUAAAGCAAACUUUUACAACUUAGAUAAGUCUUACAUGCGACAAUGCACACUUCAGUGAAUUCAGUUCUAAAGCCUGAAGGAAAUUUAUGCAAAAUUUAAAUCUACUUACAAUUAGAGAAUACAACAUCCACAAAUAAAUUGUUAUGAUCUUACGUUUAUGACUGUGAUAAAUAUAUCAAAUAAAAAAACGUGAUUUUAUUAUAGAAUAUGUAGAACUUUAUAAUUUUUAGAUUUGUUACAAUAUAUAAAUCGCACUUCUGACCACAGUAUACCAUGAUAUGUCGAUGUCUCUGAAACGAACUCUACUUCAUCUGCCCCGUGUGUCUUGGGCACGAGAGUGAAAAGAUAAUGAUGACUGUGUUUAAAUGCAUUAUUUUUUUGUAACAUUUUUAUAAGAACUCCUUAACAUAAAGGCCCUACAAUGUUUAUCAAAGCCUAAGAAUAUGUAAGCCAAAUGUUUACGAUUUAUUAAAUAGGAUAAGUGCGAUGCUCGCCUUAUUUUGUGUUGUUGGUAAAAACACCUUUAAACACUGGGUUACCCUAC